GCAUCUGAGGUAUUACAAGGUAGAGCAUCGGAAAUCGACCGUUCUAACGAAUGACGUCCGCCACAACUCGAUGUAGUGAGUUCAGUUUGACUCUCACCUCGUUCGCUAGAUCCACGAUGAUCUGUGUAAUUACACAUUUUCGACGGAGGAAACAGGAAAUUAAAGAAACGAAUCGUGAAGCUGUUAUUUCAUUUCCGUUCAGAAUAAAUUGAUCAUUGCUUCUUGAAAAUGUGGAAGAUCUGUAGAAAACUGUACACCUAAGAUUCUACAUCUUUUUUAAUAGAUUUUAGAACUUUCUAAUUUAUGAAACAAAUUGUUCAAAAUUGUAUUCAUUACAUGCUUUUGAAAUGAACAAAAAAAUAGUAAAAAUGUCAACUAUAAUUAGCUUAAAUUAACAAAAAUGAAACAAAAAUUCUCUUCUUUUUCAAUUUUAUGCCAUAGGAGGAGUAAAACACAAAGUCAUCGGUCUUUUCAAAUUCGUUAUAUAGAUAAGCAUGAUAUAAGGUUUUAUCUCGCCGUUCAGUUUUUUGCAAAUUUUCUCUUAGUAAAAAAUUCUCUUUUUAUUGAAUCUAAUCUUUUUUCGUUUAGACAUACGUAAAAGUGGACUAAAAAAUGGAAAUUAAAGGAGGAUCACUGGCAUAAUAGACGACCUUAGGUCGUCAAUCUCUUCUGAGUCCUUUGUACCUGCUUUUAGAAGAAACUUUAUAAUAUAUACAACAUGUCGAUCACAGCCUCUACGGAAAGAAUGGACACAGCCAAGGAUCUGCCCAAGAAAAAAUUUAUUAACAUCAAUCUUCUUUCGUUGAAACUUCUGUUAUUCCUCUUUUUUGGAGGAAUAGGAUGUCUCUUCCCUUUUCUUCCUUUACACAUGACUAAAAUGGGAUUAAGCAUCGACCAAGUCCGAAUGAUCUCAAUAAUUUCACCAGCAGUCGCGAUCUUGGGACCUUUAAUUGCUGCUCCAAUCGCGGAUAAGUUAGCAGCUCAUCAAGGAAGAAAUGACAAGUCCUCAACUGGCCGUUACCUCAGAGUGAUGAUUGCUAUUGCCUGCUUCUUAUCUGCCAUUUUCUAUGCUUUUCUUUUAUUGAUUCCAACGGUUGAUCGUAUUGAACAUCCAAGAGAAAGAAAACCCGGCCUAAAGUUCAACUGCGAUCAUACAGGGGCGGUGGUGUUGCAAGAAAGAUGCAAAGAUCAUAUUUCUUGUCACAAAUGGUCCGACGAAACCAGAGUUGGCCCGCUGCUUCUGGAAGGGUGUAAUUAUGCUUGUUACCCUAUAGGGUUGAAACGAUGGCAUUCCGACGACAACGAUGGUUUCAUUACUUCUGGAACGACCGAUUCCGACGUUGUUCUAGACGGCAGUGGCGAAACGACUGUGAUUCCUCUUGAGAGUGAAAUAUAUGCCCAGGAGCAAGAGGAAAUUAAAAAGACGCGAAGAUUCGCCAUGCCUGAAAGUGAACCACCGCAUUUAUGCUUUAAGGAAGGUGACAAUGUUGUUUGUCAUGUUUACACCAAGUAUACAGGCAUCCUGGCUACAAAUGCUACUCUGAAACAAGCCUUGAACAACGAAAGUGAUCAGGAUUGGUGUGUAUAUCCUCUGGUUGAAUACUUUACCUGUCGUAUUCCUCUUGAACUUGAAACCAGAAUGGCAGAAGUUUAUCAGAGUUGUUCCAUUGAAUGUGACCUGGUUGAUCCAUAUACUCUUCCAGAUAGCAUCCUCGUAGAGAGCCAAUGUCAACAGACAGAAGACUGGGCUCAUUUAGUAUUCUGGACAUACUUGGCCAUUCGAUCAGUAGCUGAUAUUUUCCCAACAACAGCCGUGGCUCUGAUCGAUGCAGCAGUCGUAAUAGCCACUAGGGAAACAUCCUGUGGACGCGGAGAUGUAGGACGUCAAUUAGCCUUCGGCUCGCUUGGCUUUGCCAUUUUUGGUCCCCUAACCGGCUAUUUGUGCACUAUUAUAGAAAAUUUGAACUCUUUCUACUAUCUGACAAUCGGUAUACACGCGAUAAUGAUGCUUUUGGCAGCCCUCGUAGCUCUUUGUGCCAACGGGAUGCCACUCAGUCCACCAGAAUGGUGGUGGCAUACUAGAAGCGGCAUGCUGGCACUUCCUAUGAGUGCUAUCAAGAGAUAUGGUAGUGAAACUGCAGCUUUAGUAAUUGUACUGAUCAUUAUGGGAACCUUCUGGAGCGCUAUGGACAGUUAUCUACCUUUACAUUUACAAAAGUUAGGGGCUAACGAAUUUCCCAUUGGCGUGGCCAUGACUGUCGGAGCAGUUCCAGCAUUUUUGUUCCUUUGGAAGUCUGAGCAUUUAGUUGAUUACUGUGGUCAUAGUAAUCUUCUCAUCACUGCCUUUACCGUAUAUAUUAUUAGGUUUACUGGUCUAAGUCUUGUAGCAGAACCUUGGUGGUCCCUAAUUUCCGAAGCUCUCGAAGUUUUUACGCUAGGAAUCAUGUGGGUUACUGCCAUUCUUUACCUAAGACAUCUCGUCCCGCGUCAUUUAACUGUGACUGCUCAAGCACUACCUGUGAUUGCGCAUUUCUGCGUCGGUCGAUGCGUUGGAGCUGUGAUCGGUGCUUAUAUCAACGUCAAUGGUUCUGAUAUCGUUGGCUCGUUAAGAUUUCUUUAUCGUUGCAUGGCUGUUGCUGCCGCGGCUGUUGCCGCUUUAUAUUUUGUCUUAUAUCACGGCUUAUUGAAACCGCGAUGCCAUGCACAUACCAUACAAGGUCCACGACAGCCUCCCACUGUUGUACAGGCAAUGAAUGGAAAUGGAAAUUAUACACCGCUCAGAGUCUAUCAUAAUGGCAUGGGCAGAAAAGGUCAAUUCCGCUAUUGAAGUUAUACAAGAAGAAAAAAGAAGAAAAAAGAAGUGUUUAACAACACUAUAAAUGUCAUGUUACGGUGCUAGUGAUUAGACUGUCGUUGUUAUUGCAAUUAAAAAGAAAAAAUCAUCACUGUUAUACGACAUAUGUAUAAAAAGUGCAUUUAUCACUGUGCAGCCUCUAUUAACAUUUUUUCAUAUUUUGUCUAAACUUAUGACAAAAUUGUCAACUUUUUGAUACUGUCAUUGAUUUUCUUUUAUACAAACAACUUCUAAAAAUUAAUUUCUGCUCAAGUGUACUUCAAAAUGUCGAAGCGAGAAUUUACAUCUUGUCAGUACCAAAAUGAGAUUACAGUACCAGAAAAUAGGAGUACUCAAAUUACGAGAAUUUUUUUAAAUUAUUUUCCCAAUUUUUAUCUAUUUAUAGUCGUAAAUAAUUACAAUUUUUUUUAAUGAAAAAUACAAUUACUUUUUAUUUAAAAAAUUAUAUUUUAAUGUUUAUUUUCUUUUUUUUAAUAUAAAGAACACUUUUGAGUACUUGUACCUAAAGUACCAAUGAAUAAUAUUACCGAAUCUUACCAUUCUAAAUGUAAGAUUUGUAAUGCUUUUUUAUCCUUCCAAUCUUUGUACUCUUUAUAGAUAUUGUAUAAGCGAUAUGUUAAUAUCAUGAAAAAGCUACGAACUUGUUUCGUAACUCUGUUUAAAUUCUUUGUAUACUCGACUGCGGUCACGUUACGUGAUGUAUUUUUAAGAAAAAAUUUCUACAGACUUGUUGUAUGUAUUUACUGAAAAAUAUUUGCCUCCCUAUGUGUAGGAUAUAAUGACUUUAAUUGAAAAGUGAAAGAAAGUAAUAUAUUGAUUUCUGGGAUCGAUACGUGUAUACACAGAAGACAAAAAAUAAAUGAAAUUAAGAAAAAUA